GAAGAAGAAGAAGAAGAGAGAGAGAAAGAAAGAGAGGAAGGGCAAUCCCCGAGCUGUUCUUUUCACAAUAUCGCAACUGACAGCAGAGAAACUUUCUCGACACGUGUGCGCGUGUCUUGUUUUCUGGACUUUUCACGGUUACCUGCGAACUUUCCACAGCACUCCUUCGACCUGCCCCCCCCCCCCACCUUCGGCCUCCUUCUGCUCUUUUACCAGAAACCGCAUCAGAAGAGAGAGAGAGAGAGAGUGAAAGAGGGCGGGCUGAGAGAAAAGAGGCGAGCGAAGAAGCGUCCGCCUCUCCCUCGUCGGUGCCGGGCGGGUUUCCUUUCCGACCUCUCUCCGCCAAGUCCGUCCAGACUCGGGGGGCUUUGGAGGCUGCUGCCCCCCCCCCCCCCCCCCCCACAGGCGCGGCCAUGGCUCAGGGCUCGGACGGCAACGACGCCAGCUACCGCUCGCCGUCACCUGCAGGCCGGCAGAGCUCGUCGGACCACAUGAAGAAGGAGAUGCGGCGCGAGAAGAACCGCAUCGCGGCCCAGAAGAGCCGAAUGCGGCAAACUCAGAAGGCCGACAGCCUCCACCUGGCGCCGUGGAGAAUGGCCGGCCGGAGGCGAACUUGUCGCUCCUCCGAAGUCCUGGACUUUCCCUGGGGACUCCGCUUCCAUUUUCGCUGUUGCCAAGUGCCCGAGUCUCAGCCUCCCCUUUUUUGCAUAACGCUACCUGACCAUGUGGCGAUGUGUCACGGCUUCUGUCGAGCGCCACGCUUGGACGCCGCUCGUGAAUAAAUUAGCGCGUGUGGGCACGAGCCGGCAUCCAGCACCUCCCUUGCAAACUGCGGCUAGCUGAAAGCGAGCGAGGAUGUGAGCGCGAGCACAGCAGGUUUCGACUGAGUUCACGGUUUUUCUUCGGCCCGACGGAAGAUUAGCGGGACGCGUGAGCGUUUCACUAAAAGCAGGCAUCGAUGGUUUUGUUUGUUAAACGGUCGAGUCUACUGUUUGGGGGGCUUUGGACUGCACCCAAGGAUGGCGCAGGCCGACUGGAUAGAUAACUAAAACGAAAUAUCAGCGACAACUGAUCAAGCGGCUCACCUUUCUGUCGACUGUUUGACACCUCAAGCGAGCGGUUUCAACGUUGGCGGCGACGCGACCGACGUUUGCUCGGCAGCGCCCCCUCGACCUCGACGAGGGCCGUGCAGUGGCUGGAUUGUCAAAGGCGACAAAAUAACACAAUGCGAAAGGAAACAAUAUUUUUAAAAAUUCCAAAAAUGAACAAGGGGAGGCAAAAAGUACGAUUGGUUGAUUGCUACGCAAAAUAAUGAGAGCAGCAACGAUUUUUUUGAAUUUUUUAAAAAUGUAAAAUAAAAAUCGAAGCAAGAACAAUCACAACAAGAAGUGAGGAGCAACAAAUAUAAUAUCAAUAAAAGUAUCCUGUAGAAUGACACUUGACAUCAAAAAAUGAUCUGAAAUAAUGUUGUAUGGAAAAAAAGGGGCCGUUUGAUAAAAGUGACGUUAGCCUUUGUAGCCCGGUCGGUUUUGGGCCCCCCCCCCCCCCACUGUGCCCUUUGACUGCUCCUCUCACCAAUGAAACAGGAAAGCGUCGUUUGGUAGUUUCCCCCUCGAUGACGCCGUGGAGGCUUCCUGUCAGCUCUGAAGGAUUUUCUUGACGUUACGUCACGAGGCGGGCGCGGUAACUUCUUGUAAAAGCACCUAUUUGGUUACGUGACGCACACGCCGGGGAUUUGCCCGCAGACGAGCGAUAAAACGAUGACCUUUUUGCUACCGCCUCAGCGGCAGAUUGACGCCGCCCCCGCCCGCUACUCCCACUCACCGACCUCAAAUCGCUUCGUGGGGUUUUUUUCCCCUCUUUUUUUUUUUUUUUGUAAAUGUUUCUGUGGGAAAUGUGCAAAUGUUGGGUAUUUUGCAGUCUUUUUGUCCUGCUUUUCAAAUGAAAUGAAAGUCUGAUGACCAACUGUCUUCUUCUUUUUUUUGGGGGCGAUUUGAGAGCCGCCAAGGUCCUCUUGGACUCGAGUGCAAAAAGCGUCAAUAUGAGAGAGAGGGAGCGAGUAGCGGGAAAGGUCGGCGCUGUGCCAUCAUUUGCGCUGUCGUGAAAUUUGAUGGGAAACAAACCAGCAACUGCGAGAUUGAAGCUCGGCUUCCGCCUUCUUAUUAAUUUUUCUUGCCACCGUCUUCUGUACACGGACGUCAAGCAACUGGGAGGCACGGAAGCGU